CUUCUCGCUUCAAACCAAACAAACCCUUUAAGUUGCUCCCGAUCGCAGUACUGGUUGUGGAAGCCAGAUCUGAUCCACAAAAUACAAGCCAUUCUCAGUCCCCCGCGCGGCGGAAAAGCCCGCUCCCCUGCAUUCCUUGUCUCACUCUCGGCGCUGCCCCAACACUUCUUCUCACAUUCUGAAAGGAUUCUGCUCUUCUGUGUGUCUCUCUCUUUUUCCCGUCACCCCAUAAUUUGAAAUGAUCCGAUCAGCGGCAUAUCGUUUUAUUCAGCACAGCACCGGUUCACGUCGCGGCGUCUUCACGCCUUUUCUCCGCCUCUCCACCGAUGCUUCUACCAUUCCGCCCUCUCCCCAAAACCCCUUCAGCCAUCAACAGCAGCCAAAUCAAGAAACCAUAAGAGGAGGAGAAGAUGAAGGGGCAACCCAUAAAGAACGGAGCUACAGAACGAAAGUAGGGAGUAGCUACGAAGACGAGCAGGCGAGGGUUCUCCGUGCUGCACUCUCUCACGUUCCAAGACUGGGAUGGAGCUAUUCGGCUUUGAUUUCGGGGGCGAGAGAUAUCGGCGUCUCUCCGUCCAUUGUGGGCUCUUUCCCUCGCAAGGAGGCAGCGCUCGUCGAGUUUUUCAUGGAUGAUUGCCUGCAGAAGCUUAUUGACCGUAUUGAUUCAGGGGAAGUAUUGAAUGAAUUAAUACUCAGUGACCGCCUUGUAAAGCUUAUUCGUAUCAGGUUGGAAAUGCAAGUGCCUUAUAUAUCAAAGUGGCCCCAGGCAUUGAGCAUUCAGGCACAACCGAUGAAUCUCACAACAAGCCUGAAGCAGCGAACUGCUCUAGUUGAUGAGAUUUGGCAUGCUGCUGGAGACAAGGGUUCAGACAUUGAUUGGUAUGUGAAGCGGACAGUACUUGGAGGCAUAUACUCGACAAGUGAAGUGUACAUGAUCACUGAUGACUCUCCAGAAUAUCAGAGUACUUGGAAUUUCUUGGAGCACCGAAUAAAGGAUGCUUUUGAACUUCAGAAGAGUGUUCAGGAGGCUGCUUAUUUAGCCGAGGCUAUUGGGACCAGCAUGGGUAGCUCGAUACAGGGAUUUAUGAAGAGGGUGUUCCAAGGCUGAAGGGGGCUUAAAUUCUUGUUCUGGAGCACUUUCUUCUUAAUUGGGAAUAAAAUACAAAUUGCUCAAAAGGUGAAGCCUUGUAAUAUGUAAAUAAUUAUCCGUUGCUCUGUAGUUUUUGUUCUUCUAUGAUUUUGGCUAAUAUAAUAUUAUACUUGCUCAUACCUAGUCUUUUCUUUACUUAAAAGAGUUUCUUCAUACAUUCUUUUUUAUACUUGCUGGAAGAUUUAAAUGUCUUGUAACUUUGUGUGAAUGGGAUUCAGUGUUCAAUCAAUUGAAUUUUAUGCGGCC